AUAUUUAACCCAUCCCUUAGCCAACUCAUCUUUGCCUCGUUUGUCAAAAUUGCUAUUUUGUGCGUAGGAAAUAAAAGAAAAUGCUCAAAUCACUAUUAUGUAUUCUUUUAAUCUUUGGAUGUCUUUGCCGCAUUCACGGUGUAAUGUUCCACUUGACACCGAACACACAAAAAUGUCUUAAGGAAGAUAUACAGGCAAAUCAAUUAGUAAUGGGCGAAUAUGAGGUCUCCGACGUUCCCGGUCAAAUAAUAGACUACAUUGCUCGCGAUACCAAAGGACACAUCCUGUCGCAGAAGGAACACAUUACUAAAGGAAAGUUUAGCUUCACAUCCGAGGUUUUCGACGCGUACGAAAUUUGUUUCAUUUCAAAAGUGCCACCACACCAACGUGGAAUUAGUCAAGAAGUCUCUUUAGUGACUAAAAAGGGUGUUGAAACUAAAAAUUACGAAGGAAUUGGAGAGGCUUCUAAACUCAAACCGCUUGAAGUGGACCUUAAGCGCUUAGAAGAUCUUUCCGAUUCGAUUGUACGCGACUUUGCUGUAAUGCGUAAACGGGAGGAGGAAAUGCGGGAUACUAAUGAGAAAACUAAUAGUAGAGUACUGUUCUUUAGCAUUUUCAGUAUGUGCUGCUUGCUUGGCUUGGCAACUUGGCAAGUUCUAUAUCUUCGCAGAUAUUUUAAGGCAAAAAAACUCAUUGAAUAGUUUUGUACAAAGGCGACACGCUGUUAUGUAUGUUUCAAAGAGCCUGAGCUUCACAGCUGUACAUCUCAAUUCCUUUAGAAAUAAAGUGUACCAAAUCAAAAAUAAAUAAAACUUCACGUUUUCAUAAUAAGUUAUGGGAUUGUGAUUUUCAACAUU